UCCGAAGAGAACAGUUAUAAUAUCCUCCCUUCUGCGGCAACGAUGCUUUUCCAUGGCCUCCCUGGAGGCGACGUGCACGGUGUGGUCGAAGAAAUGGACCGGAGAGGAAAGAGCGAGUCAGCAGCCAUCAGCUCAGCCAUCGAUAUGGGGGAAUCAGAGACGUCCAUGCCGUGUAUGAACAGCGAGCGCGUGGCUCUGUGCGCGGGCUGCGGCAGGAAGAUCGCGGACCGCUACUACCUGCUGGCCGUGGACAAACAGUGGCACAUGCGCUGCCUCAAGUGCUGCGAAUGCAAACUAAACCUGGAGUCUGAGCUCACCUGCUUCAGCAAGGACGGCAGCAUCUACUGCAAAGAGGACUACUACAGAAGAUUUUCGGUGCAGAGAUGCGCUCGGUGCCACCUGGGAAUCUCAGCUUCGGAGAUGGUGAUGCGGGCCCGGGACCUGGUCUACCACCUCAACUGCUUCACCUGCACCACCUGCAGCAAGAUGCUCACCACCGGGGACCACUUUGGCAUGAAGGACAGUCUGGUGUACUGUCGGCUGCACUUUGAGACUCUCAUCCAGGGAGAAUAUCAGACACAUUUUAACCACGCAGACGUUGUCCCGCACAAAGGCCUGGGCCCGGCCAACACGCUCGGACUAUCCUACUUCAACGGCGUGGGGACAGUGCAGAAAGGCCGGCCCAGGAAGAGGAAAAGUCCCGGGCCGGGGGCCGAGCUGGCUGCUUAUAACGCAGGUAAGAAGGCCAUUUCGCUGAGCUGUAACGAGAACGACGGCGAGCCCAUGGACCGGGACUCUCAGUACAGCUCCAGUCAGAAAACCAAGCGCAUGCGGACGUCCUUCAAGCACCACCAACUGAGGACCAUGAAGUCCUACUUCGCCAUCAACCACAACCCAGACGCCAAGGACCUCAAGCAGCUCGCCCAGAAGACUGGCCUCACCAAGCGGGUCUUACAGGUCUGGUUCCAAAACGCUCGGGCCAAGUUCAGGAGGAACCUGCUGCGGCAGGAGAGCACCGGGGUGGACAAGGCGUCCGACGGCUCCACGCUGCAGGGUGGGACGCCGUCGGGCCCAGCCUCGGAGAUCUCCAAUGCUUCCAUGAGCCCCUCCAGCACCCCCACCACCUUGACAGACUUGACCAAUCCCACCAUGCCCACCGUCACCUCGGUUCUCACCUCGGUGCCGGGCGGCAUGGACGUCCAUGAGUGCCGGAGCCCGUCACAGACCACGCUGACCAGCCUCUUCUGA